AUGGAACCUCAAUCUCCAACCCUCAACUCCACCUCCACCGUCGACACUUCUCGUCCUUUCAGCUCCGUCAAAGAAGCCGUAGCCAUAUUCGGCGAACGCCUUCUCCUCGGAGAAAUCUACUCCUCAACCCCAAGUCCAAAGCCGUUGAGGCGAGAGGCUUCGUGGAGGUUGUCAUCAUCAACAUCAACACCAACACCAACAGCAACACCAACGCCAACGCCACCAAGUCCAGUGAAAUCCAGAAAAGAGCAAGAGAAGGGGAAUUCGAAUUCGGUUCUUGAAACAAUAAAGAAGCUGGAGGCGGAGCUUGAGGAAACGAAGGUGGAGCUGAAGCUGCUGAAGGAAAGAGGGAGCGAAACGGAGGUGGCGUUGGCGACGCUGAACGCGGAGCUUCACAAGAACAUGUCAAAGUUGGCUCAAGCUGAGGCGGCGGCGGCGGGGAAGGCGGCGGCGGCAACAAAGACGGUGAGGUUCGAUAUUGGGAGAGAAGAGAUAGUGGAAGUAGAGAAAGAGAAGAAGAAUGAGUACCUGAGAAGGAUGGAAGAUUCAGGGAGAUUGAAACUGGGUGAGAUAAUAAGUCUGGGAGAAAAAGACCAUAUUUUUGGAGGGAAAAAAGUGAGGAAGCAGAAACCCAUUAUCCCUCUUGUUGGGGACUUGUUCUUCAAGAGAAAAGGCUCUUCUGCUACCAAUCACCAUAAUCCUCUUUAUGCUUCUCCUUUCUAA